AUGGUGUUCGGGGCAAUCCCGGCAGGAGAGAACCUCACCGAGGAUCCGUUCGUCAUGUACGGCGACCCUAUCCAAUGGGUUGACAGAUAUAAGUACGUUGGAACAACUUUCUGCAGUACCCUCCGCGACAUCUUCACCAUCCACUAUGACCUGAAAGCCUUGGCCGCUCAACGGAUCGCGAACGUAACUCUUGCUGCGGAGUCCAUGACAGGGGCUCUCCCUCCGAAAGAGCGUAGUAUCGUUUACCUCGCACGGAUCGACGUCACUAUCAUAUCGGAAUACGACGUCGCCGUCGACGUCUCUGAGGCCAACCUCAAGAAGAUUCCCUACUCCGAAUCCGGUAUCAUGUCUAUCCGUCAUCGGCGCUUCCUCCUCGCUCUACGCACCCUACGCCACUUUGUGGCCCUCCCUGAUACACGACUCGUUCACUCCGCGUACCUUGACUCGUUAGAUCUAGCGAGAGUAGCUCUUCAUCCUAGCUAG